UCGAAUAAUUUGUAGUGGGGUUAGGUACUAGUUAAUAAUUCAGCUUAGAGGUCGAGGUAAAAGUUAGAUUUCACAUGCCAUAGGCCAAAUCAUAAUUUUUAUCAACAGGGCUAACUAGAUCACGCUUGCUUGGAUAUCCUAGGUCGAAAAAGCCCCUAACUCCAUAACACCCUCGUCGAGGUGCACACGAUAGAAGAGUGGGGCCCGAACGCCGCAAAGUGGAAAGGUACAAAUGGUACAAUAACGCGCAAGAGCUCAUUGUGGGCAGAGCCAGAAAGUGUGAAAGUGCUACCCCGCCGGCCUCACAAUCGAAGAAAUGCUGCUGCUGCCGUUCCUACUGUUUUUGCAGGUAACUGAGCCAUUUGCAGUUUAUGGAAUACUCACACCCAAUAUCACCCAAUUAUCUUCAACGCCGAGGCAUUCCAAUGUACAGAAAAACAGCCAAAGUACAAAUUGGCAAAAGUUGUUGAAGGAUGCUACAUUCCAGAGUCUCAUAAAACACACCGGCUUCACCCCCAGCCUGGACCAGAAGAUAGAAACAGAUCGACUACUUUGGGAAAAGAUACAAGCGGCAAAGUUUUUGAGGAAGCCGAGCAAAGCCGAAGAAAUGGACCGGGUGAAAAUGGGUGUGCUAAUCGACAUGACUAGGGAAAAUGGCCAGCUGGAAUUCAGACAAUCGGAUCAUUCAUUUUACAACUGCCCCGAAGAAAAGUGCAAACCUAUUCUUAACAAACUACUGGCAAUUUGGAGAAUGCAGAAGUCCGACACCAACAACAUAUGGAUCAAAGUUAAAGUCCCUAGGAGUAUUAAUGACGAUGUUUAUGAAUACAGUCCAAAAUUUGGUCUGAAACCACUUAAUAUGGCUGACUCAUACCUUUCGACAAAAAUGAAAUCUCUAAAUAAGCAUAAUGUAUGGAAGGGAACUGACGAUAACAAACUUCUCCAUACCGAAAGAAUUCGCAUGGUCAAUGAUGGCAGAAUCAGCAGGAAUGAUAGGCAGUUUUAUGAAAUGCAUGAUAUGUUUAUACCACCUAUUAAAAAACAAAGCAAUUAUCAAAACCCCAAGAGAAUUUCAUUUUCGACAAUUCAAGCCCCGAUUGCUCAUAAUCUACCACUUAUCAUAGGGCUAACAGUACCUCCAAACCCGAUAACAAAAAAAUACAAUUGGAAUAAUGGAGGUACUUAUUAUCAAGUGGAUCCUGUCAAUAUAUUAUCUGAAUUUCAAAAAACUGAGCAAAUGUACGAUGGAUUUCUUCCAUCCACCGGACCGACAGGAAGUCCUCAAUUUAUGCCAAGUUUAACACAACCUGUACCAUUUCAAGAAGUAUAUCCAGGGUAUUUGUGGCCACAGUACAAAACUCAACCAACAACACCGACUAACUUUAAACCAUCCCUGCAGCUAAUCAAUUAUUCACCAUUAGAUCCAUUUUUCCAUGAAGACGAAGGAGAUAAAUUUAUAACCAUCACUACAACAAGACCUGUGCAAAAAGAAGAGGAAAAAACCACCCUUCUGUAUCCUUCAUCAAUAAAUGAGCAAUUGCAAUCUUCUGAAAAUUCAACUGAAAGUGACGAAGAUAAAACAGAUUUACAAGGCACAAAUACCCAACCGACUGCAAGUUCUAUAAACAUCAUACAAGUAACAGAGAAAGAUAAUGGAAAAGUGAUUUUUACAACAAACGACCUUUCUGAAAUACGUUCUGUUACUAACAGGCCAAAGCCUGUAAGUAAGACUACACGAAAUAACGCAUUAAAUAAACUUUCAAGUGCAGAGGCACUCGAUUACGCACCACUUUAUAUCAAAUGGGGAGAAAAAAUAAAAAAUUCGAAUAAUAAAAAUAAGACGCAGACAAAGACAAAAUUUUCACAAAUAUUAAGAAACUCGUCUUUUGCUAAUUAUGGUCAAAACAAAAGCACAAGCACAACAAAAGCCCCUGAAAUAAAGGACAACACUACAACCACAACUGCCGCUCCUCAAGUGAAGAAUAAUGAAAACUCCAGUGACACCAAUGUAACAACUGUUGCUUCACAAUUAGAGGCCAAUGAAAAAUCUAACAAAAAUGAAACGUCUUCUCAAAUAGAAAAAAAUGAAACAACCAACGACACAAUAACAACAGCUAAACUCCUAGCACAGAAUGUCAUGAUUGAAAAUAUAAACAACAAAAGCCCGGAAGAAGUGGUGAACACUCUGACCAACAUUGGAGUCCAGAAUAUGACAAGGAUAGAAGGCUAUCCUGAAAUAAGCAAAGCACUUCUGGACAAUUCCAGCAAACUGAUCAGCAAACUGACAGAAGGCAACGACCAAAUAAGCGACAAUAGUGAUCCUAUAUCAGUAGUUAUAAACAGAAUAUCACAGUCUUACUCUUAUAAAACUUCUAACGGGCAGGUCAGAAGCCUGAAGAAAAUUUAAAAUAAUCCUUGCGAAAUAAUCUAAGAAAAAUACUAGUCAAUUUGUUUUGUUUAUAUUCUCC